AUGAAAGAAAGAGCUAUGCUGAAGAAGAAAGUAGGCAACGGUGAUUUACUGCAGAGCUCCGCGAAGUAUUUCGAUGAUUAUCAUUGCAAAACAACCGAAUGGAAUGUUAAACAAAUGAAGACAAAGACAAAUAUGGAAGAAGUGAAACAAGUUAUUACUGCUUUAAAGAACAAAUUGAUGGAAAGGCAUUUAAUGUCGAAGAAGAUUGCAGAAUUGGAAAAAAUUCUGCAAAAAAUCAAUAAUGCCACAAAUGAAGUUAUAAUUGAGAUGAAUAAUCGAGUGGAUGAUUUAAAUCGAGAUUGGCAAGAACGAUUACGAAAUGAAAAUGUAAAAUGGGAAAAUGAUAUUCAUACAUCAAGCAAAUAUUGCGAUAAUAGACCAAUAGAAACUCGAAAUUUACAAGAUAUUAACAAAGUGAUAUGGCGAACGGAACGACGUCUUAUUGAGUUAACCGAUCGUCUAGCACCAAUUCAAAAAAUGGAGCAAAAAUUGGAAAAAAUUAUUGAAGUAUUGAAAAAUGCUCCAUGUUAUCAUCAGUCAACGUCCAUUACUACGGAUAACUUGCAUAUCUCAGAGAGUGAAAGUGUUAAUACAGCAAGGACAGCACAAAAUAUGCAAGAGGAAAGUGUUACAAAAGCUCCCAACUUCUAUGGAGUUGUUGAAAUCGCUGCAAAUUAUUCUAUGUGUCUUCGAAAUCUGGAACGAGCCAUCAAAUCCUUGGAAUCAAUGAAGCAAAUGUCAGCAUUAUUUGGUGUUUCUGUUGAUGGAAUAUCAAGCGUUUCAGAUGUUAACCAUACUGCAAACGUACUUAAACAAUUUGUUAACAAAUUGAAAAUUUCGCUGCAGAAACGUAAUUUGCGAAGUGAUAAUGUUUUGUUUUGA